AACAGACAUAUCGUUCGUCUCACCUCUGACUCACUGGAAGGGAGAGCACUGUGGUGAAUAGCAUAUAAGCCAGUUAAUAACUCAUCUACCCAAACGAUCGUUUUGGUAAAAUGUUUUAGUUACUGGACUGCUAACCGCAAGGUCUCAGGUUCUAUCCCCGCGCAUCACAUACUGCUUCAUGCUAGGCGAUGGGGUAUCAGCAAAGCGCUGGAAAACUGUUUUCUGUAUUAUGCGUACAUUACGUUCUUGUCCAGCAUUUGGCCUCGUUGUUUCGAAGAAACAACCUAACCUGUCACCUUCAGUCGUCGAUCGAUGUUUUGUUUGCAAAGGUAGUAUAACACAGAUGCGGACAGGCCUCCUCGAAUUUUGCUCUUGGUACAUUCUUUGUGCUAGCAGUCCAUUGCCAUCCGCUCCGAACAACAAAAUGCGUUCCUUAUGUCUUCCAAGUACCUCAUCCACCAAGAGUAUUGAAACCUUAAUUAUGGAUGAGAACAUAGCUGUGCACAAAGAGUUGCAUCUAUUAAUUGAUCAGUACAUUGCAAAAUUGGAUGAAUGCCUUGACCAAAAAGAAAUCAAUAAAACAAAAGUUUAUCUGGAAGUAAUUAAAAGGAGCUAUGUUAUUUCUCAGUGGAUUAGAGAUAUUGCUUUGAAUUUUAUGUAUCACAAAUCUAGUGAUAUAACAAUUUCUGAAGAGGAUAUUUAUGGUAAAAUUCAUCGCUUGGUGGAAAAUUCUUUGCAGCAAGAUUUGAUAGAAUGUGCAUUAGAUGCACAUGUUUCUACAGAUGCUUGUCCUACUAAUGAUGAUCUUCACAAUAUCCUUUUCCUUAAUUCUGUGGAUGAUCCAACUUCAGUAGCGCCAUCACUCAUGCGCCAGCUUACUUGCAACAUGUUUGAGAAUAAGUUGCUUUCAUGUUGCUCUGAACAGACACUACACUCUACAUUGAGUUCAAAUGAUGUUACACAUAUUGAUGAAUUUUGUUUAUCAAGCUGUUUUGAAAAUUCAAGGAAUCUGUUUGAAAAUGACUUAUCCCGUCUUAGGUCUUCUUUGGGUGCAGGUUUAUCAGCAGUAGAUUUGAAAAUUAGUGAGAUUAGCACGAAAACGGAUGAAAAAUUGUGGAACAAUUCAACAGGUAUCAAUAGACUGUCUGAAAAACAAAAGGAUCGAUCAAAUAUUACAGAUUGGUUGUCAACAUGUGCUUUUUCCAGUAAAGAUUCUGAUGAUAUUCUGGAUAAUAUAGAAGGAUUGCAGAAUAUUCACUCAAAUACUUUCAGCUGGGAAGGUAGAAUGAGGCAAGACAUUCCUUGUCACCUAUAUACAUCUGAAUUGAAUGAGAAAGAAGUGCUACUGAAUACAGAUGAAGGAGAUGCUGAAAAGUUUUGUAUACUUUUUGACUCCUCGGAAGUUCUGUCAGAGCAGGAUUUUGUAUAUGAUGUACUUGAUUUGCUAUUGGGAAUUCCAUCUAAUACAUUUUUAUAUGAUGAUAAGAAACUAUUCCAAAUGAAGCCAUUUACUCGUCUAGCUAGAAUGUCAAGUGAAAGCACAUUACAAAUUUGUGAAAAUUUUAUAGAAUGUGGCAAAGCUUUUUAUAAGUUAAAGACAUUUUGUUCUUCAAUAAAUCCUGAAGAAGGUUUGAUUCUGAAGGGUUUGAAGGAUGGUAUUUAUACUAUUCUCACAGCAUAUAUGGAAUAUAUAACAUCAGUGAAAUAUAAUACACCUACUGUGCAUGUAGUGCGAACAGAUGUUUUGGAAAAUGCCCUAGUGUUGAAUAGUUUGAUUGAAAUUUGUGGACUUCGUUUUGAAGGGAACACUGCUUCGGAGAUUCCAAAGGGUCUGGGUUUGCUUUCAUACUUGAAUAAAAUAUCUUGGCUUCAUAAAACGAAAGAAAAUGCAAUCAUGGUCGCUGUUCUUUUGAAAUAUUUGUGUACUCCAUAUUUUAGCUUUCUAAAUAAAUGGAUGUCUGAAGGCAUUUGCUGUGAUCCAUUUGAUGAAUUCCAAAUUGAAGAGGAUCGAAAGUAUUUGGAUAGAAAAGAUGAACUAUAUUGGAAAUUUGCAUAUACUGAACAUGAAGAUGAUAAUAUGAGAAUUUUGCCAUAUGAGAUAAAAAAAUUUUCACAUGAUAUUUUGGAAUGUGGAAAAACUAUGAGACUAUUACAAAACUGUGAUGUACAGAUGUUCAGCCUAGACUAUAUGACAUGCAAUGCACCCCCCAGUCUUUCCAUGUUGUUUUCAUAUGAUGCUGUGAAAUGUAGAAUGGCCGAAUGUGAACAAUACAUUUUAAACAAAGAAACAUUUGAAUUGAAACAUAAAAAUGGCAGAAACUUUUCUGAAGAUGAAUUUUAUAUUGGACAACAGAUUUUUAUUGAUCAAAGGAUUUUAGCUGAAAAAAUUGAAAAACAAUUGAAUUAUGUAACUACAUUUGAAUCAGUUCAUGAUAUACAAAAGAAUGAUCAACAUGUGAAUUUGAAAAGAUGUAAAUCCUUUCCUAACAUUACAUUAGUAAAAGAAGUAAAGAAUUUCGAUGGCAUAUUGCAUAAAAGUGUUGGAAUUUUGUUUUCUACUUAUGGAUAUAAUCUCAUAACUGUUAUUGCCAAUGAUUUGACUGCUUCAAAAGAGCAAAAUUUUUUCCUGAAUUCUUGGAAAUUUUCUCAAAAAAAGGACAUGACGAAUUCUUAUUUAGCUCAUGAUAAAUUCAGUAUUCAGAACAUGCCAAAUAAAAUAACUUAUUCAAAUCCAAAAGAGGAAUUCGAAUCUUCCGAAAUAACAGAAUCACUUUCAUUCCAACUAGCUAAAUUCCCUCCUGGUUCUUUCAUGGACUGCUUACUUUCUCUGUUAGUCAGUGAGUAUGGGGAUAAAAAAGAAAAUAUAUAUUUAUUUAUUCAGCUGAUUUCUCUUCAAAAUUUGAUGCUAUAUAAUUUCAGGGAUGUUUUGAACAUGAGACUUCAUUUGACACAGAAUGCUAUAAUGGAUUAUGUCAUGAAUCAGCUUCAUUUUCAAGAUUUAUUAUUAUGCUUAAAGAAUACAUACUUUCUUCAAGAUGAGAGUUUUAGUCAGCAUUUGUGUGAAAAGUUAUUUAAAUGGGUUAUGAAAUGCUCAUCAUUGGGUGAAUUUGCUGACUGGCCUAUUCUAAAUAAAAUAUUAACCAGAUCAACUGCUAUUCCAUCUCUUUCCAAUUUUCCUUUUUUAGAAUCUGCUAGUGUAAAUUUUGUAUCAAUAUCUGAAGAAUAUUUAUCUAAAAAAAAUAAAUUUCUACGAUUUUUUCAAUUUCAGUUUGAAAUUGAUUGGCCUCUAAAUGUUAUUAUUCAUAAAGCCUGCAUCACACAAUACAUCAAUAUUCAUUCUCGUAUCUUAGAGCUAGAAUUUUUAUGUUGGCUUCUUGGGAAAAUAUGGAGAUUACAUUUUAUUGAUGCUAGAAGUGAAGUUUUGCAACAAUCUCCUCAAUACAGGAAAGUGAUACUGUAUAGGUUUAACAUGCAUCAGUUUGUACGUGUUUUACGCAGCUGUAUUCAUCAGGAUCUUGGAGGUCCUCUCUGGCAAUUUCUUUUGAAGAGCUUGAAUACCAAGGAAUUGAGUAUCGAUGCUCUGGAGGACAUUCAUUUGAAGUACUUAGAAAAAGCUUUAGAACGAUGUUUUCUCACUCAAGAUACUCAUCAUCUUCAUGAAAUAUUGGAACUUUUAUUCCGACAAGUGAAUACUUUCUGUGAUGCUGCUCUGGCUGCUUCUUGGGAAAUGAAUCCUGAUACAAACUAUUUUGAAUCUUCCAAUUUUCCAUUAUUAUCAGACUGUUAUAAGCGAUAUACAAAAUGUAGAGAUCGCUUCUAUGAAUUUAUUUGGAAGAUACUUUCGAAGAUGAUCACCAGAAAGAAAUUUAAACCAACUUGGGAUGAACAUUAUAAGCUGUAUUUAGAAACUGUGUUAGAAAGUGGAAAAGGAUAUUCUUGAUUCUUCAUAGAACAUAAAAGAGAUUUCAUAUGCUUCAUUUCCAGAUUUUAAUUUCAUAAUUUUUGCAUAACGAAAAUUUUUUUUCCAUAACGAAUUUUUUUUUUCCAUAUUUGUGCAGCUUUUGCUCCAUUAAUUGAAUUAUUUGUAAUGUCUUU